AUGCUUUUGUUUUUUUAUCUAAGUAUUAGCCAUUUAUUUAUAGCUACUUUAUGCUAUCAAAUGAUUUAUGUAGAUUCUUUAGGGGAUAAUAAGGAAUUAGAAAAUAUCUCAUGUUCUUGGCGAUACUUUUGUGAUGAAAAUUUUAAUUUUUGUGAAUAUGGUUGCAGCUCAAAAAAAAAAUUAAAAAAAGGAUAUAACUUACUAAAUACAAGUACAUUAAGUGAAAAAUGUUUUGUUAACAUCGAGUGUGACAAUUACGAUAUGUAUUUUGAUUCAGAGAAUCUUAUAUAUUUUAUUUAUUUUUCUAAAUUUUUUUUUCUUAUUAAUCCAGAUUUCACACUAUAUAUAAAUUUACUGAAAAGAACGAAUAUAAAAGGAGAUAAAGAUAGCGCAUCAAGAAAUGAGCAUAAUAAUUCUAAUGAAAAAAAUAGACAUAACAAAAAUAAGAAAACUCUUAAUAUUUUUCAAAAAUUAAAUUAUUACAGAAAUUUAAUAACAAAAAAGUUUAAAAAAAAUUUGAUAAAGUUAUUAAUUUUUUUUAUUUUAAUUCAUAUGAUUUUUUUUUAUCUUUAUAUUUACACUUAUUUAAGUCUAAAAAAAUAUGAUAAAAUGAAGCAAAAUAUUUAA